AUGUCUACCACCACUACGACAACCGCCACUAAAAACACCACAACGGACUCAUCCUAUAUCCCUCGCGGCCCUACAUCCGCCUCAUUAACUUUCUAUGCACCGCCAUCGGACAACUCGGCUCCCUUCAACUAUGUCGGAGAGCCACCGGCAGGUCAACCCCAAUACAACUUCGGCGAACAGGAACACAAAGUCACCAUAAACGACAUCCGAGGCAAUGAGAACGCCUACACCCUCGACAAGGACUCCUUCCAAGCCCUCCAACAAAUUCCCACAAAAACAACAUAUACAACUUUCGACUCAGACGACCUCGUCCAACAGAUCUACUACCCAGAAGUCGAAUCUCUCCUCUUAGAAACCAUACCAGGAGCCAAGAAGAUCAUACUGUUCGACCAUACGAUCCGCCGCGGCAAGGACUCCGCACCCCGCAAACCAGUCACCCGGGUGCACGUUGACCAAACCCCUCGCGCAGCAGAAGACCGCGUCCGUCUCCAUGUCACAGAUAAAGAGGAAGCUGAGACGUUGCUGAGAGGCCGGUACCGGAUCGUGAACGUCUGGCGUCCGCUUAGCAGCGAGCCAGUACAGUCAUCGCCGCUGGCCUUUGCAUCUGCGGCCUCAGUCGAUGGGAAUGAUCUGGUGCCUGUUCAGCAUCGGUAUCCGAACCGGACGGGCGAGACAAUGGGUGUUAAGUAUAAUGAGGGCCAGAAAUGGUCUUAUUGGUCUGGGAUGACGGGCGAUGAGCGGUUGUUGCUCAAGUGCUCUGAUUCGAGGGGAUUGAGAGACGGGGACGUUGCGCAGUGGGUGCCUCAUACGGCAUUCUGGGACGAGAGAACGCCUGUUGGGGCGAGGAUUCGGGAGAGCAUUGAAGUUAGGGCUUUGGUUUUUGGGUGA